AUGUUGCGUGUUCUCUCAAAAUGGGGAGCGGAUCGCCUAGCACUUUCACGCAUUAAUCAGGCCCUGAUACUUUCACGGCUUGAUUAUGCAUGCGUAGUUUAUGGUACUGCAACCACCUCUAACUUACGAAUCUUGGACACAGUACAUCAUACUGCUUUACGCAUAUGUUCUGGAGCAUUUCGAACUUCCCCGGUUGAAAGCUUAUAUGUUGUUUGCCACCAGAUACCAUUAUAUCUACGUCGCAUCCAGCUGUCUCUUACAUAUUACUUUAGUAUUAUGUCCUCUAAAUCGCAUCCUUUAAGGCAUGAUGUUAUUCCAUCAUGCUUGGAGCGACUUUAUAUUGCUAGACUAUCACACAUUCGCCCACUUCAUGCUCGCACACGCUCACUUAUCCAAUCAUUCGAUAUCUGUGACUUACCAUCACAAUCAGUGGAUCAUUUUCUCAUACCACCAUGGACCAUUUCACCAUACCAAUCUAUUUCCCUUUUCAAGUUACACGAUAAAGCCAACGUUACACCCUGCAUUUUUCAUACACUUUUCACUGCACAUCGUCACCAAUAUUCUCAAUAUAUACCGAUUUAUACAGACGGUUUAAAAUCUGCCGGAUAUGUAGGAUGCGGGGUCAUCAUCGCUGACGAUACAUUUAGCUAUAAAAUCCCAGAUAUUUGCUCCGUCUUCACUGCUGAAGCUGUGGCUAUCCUUAUGGCACUACGUCUAAUUUCCUCACGGCCUACUCGGAAGUAUUGCCUAUACUCCGAUAGUAUGAGCGUUUUGAGCCAACUAGAAAAGUUUCACUGUGAUACUCAUCCAAUUUUAUGUUUCAUCAUUCAUUUGUUAAUCACUCUUCAAAAGAAUGGCUUUGAGAUUCUAUUUUGCUGGGUACCAAGUCAUGUUGGUAUUCUAGGGAACGAACUAGCUGACACAGCUGCACGAUCUGCCACAUCUGUUUUGAAAGUGUCCAUACCUUUUUCUGACAUGAAGCUACAUACUCGAAAGUUGGUAACAUCAUUAUGGCAACAGCAAUGA